AGUCUCGCGCGCCGCGCCCGCGAGUCCACGACGCCCACCACACCGCACACACAGACACACACACUCCUCUCCGCCCAUAAGCUAAGCAGCUACCACCGUCCCGUCUCCUCUCCUACCUAAUCCUAUCGUUAUCUCCUCCCGUCCCAUCCAACCCCGCCCCGUAAUACCCCCCCUCCAUAACACCCACUGCCACGAGCCCACGACCGCAUUAGCAUUAGCAUUAGCAUAAGGGAGGGAGGGAGGGAGGGAUCAUUAGAGGAGGAGCACAGCACAUGGCUGCCGCGGCCGCCACCGUGACGGCGGUGCAGCCAGCGGCGUCGAGCUGCGGCAAGCGCGACGGCGACAAUGCGUGCGUCGUCGACAUGCCCAGGAAGGCGAAGAAGGGGAGGUCGCCGCCGGAGGAGGAGGUGGAGGCCUUCCUCGCCGCGGCGGAGAGCAGCGUGGCGCGGCGCUUCGCGGCCAAGUACAACUAUGACAUCGUCAAGGACGCUCCGAUGGAUGGCCGGUACGAGUGGGUCCGGGUACGCCCGUAAAGAGGAUAUGUGGCAACAGCCAGUCAAAAUGUCAGGAGGAUGCACAGACCAAUCCUGUCCUAAUGAAUCUUUUCUUUACCCAUGUAUAUGUAGUUACUCGGUUACUCCAUGUCAUGUGUUUAGCUGUAAUUUAUUUAAGCUCACGAGAUGACUAAUCAUGUAAAAGCUCACCUUGUACGUUAGCAGUAGAUGCUUCGCCUGUAACGCAUAUGCUUAACUUGUCGUUAUCCGUGGAAUUUGUUGUCGUCUCCGUUUCUA